AAUGGCGGAUUUCGUCUCCUUUUUGGUUCUCAGUACCCUGCUGUGUUUAUUCAUCUCUCAAUCUCAUUCCAUGGCAGAUAAUGAAGUUGCUGAGUAUCAAAAUCCUCCCAAACCUAAGAAAGUUACUCUUUCUUUAUAUUAUGAAAGUCUCAAUCGAAACUGCCGCAAUUUCAUUGUAAAUAAAUUGGGGGAAAUGUUUGAUACUGAUCUUCACAAAAUUGUCAGCCUCAGGAUGGUUCCCUGGGGCAACGCUCGAAAAUUAAGAAUAUUUAACGAAACCAUCAUUUGUCAGAACGGCCCAAGUGAAUGCUACCUGAAUACUAUUCAGGCGUGUGCCGUCAAUGUCUGGCCUGCGGAAAAACACUUCAAAUUUAUCCAUUGCAUUGAAAGUCAAGACUUAUCGUUUCUAGCCUCCGAGGCAGUGUGGAGAGGAUGUAGUGAUGAUCUGGAGCUGAGUCAAGAUCCCAUUGACCAUUGCUACCGAAGCGGAGAAGGAAAAAAGCUUAUACUGAGGAAUGGUGAAGAAACGGAACAACUUGUUCCGAAAAAGAGAUUUAUACCAUGGGUGACUGUAAAUGAUCGACCACUUCAAGAAGAUUACCGAAACUAUACAAGUUAUGUUUGUAAAGCUUACAGAGGGAAAAGACCCUACGCCUGUAGAUCAUACUGGCAAAAGUCAACUGUAAACGAAACAUUAACCGGUGAAGUUAGCUAUGAAGAAGAAGAAAAAGUUACAGGCUCAUCAGAGAUGAAGAUGGAACGUCCAUAACCACAAGUUCUUAUAUGGUUCUGCUUAUACAUUAUCGCUGGCUGGUCCAAUAAUUUAUAUAAUAAUGGCUGGCUAAUGUAUUCGGUAUCCGAAUUCUUCUGGAUAAUAAUGAUAAUAGUUAUGGAGUUAUAAAGAAUCAAGUCUGGUUUUGUUUUGUAUUUACAGAAUCAGAGUCCUGCCAAAUUUUCUUUUUGAUGAAACAAACUUCUUUAUUAAAGCAAUGCAAGGUCAAAAUCU